AUGGACAGAUACUGCAGGCUCUGCCACAUGCAAUCUGCGAUCUGUAAACUGCGCUCAGAUUACAAUUACCCCACGCUGAACCAACACGGGACGGGAGGUGGGGAUGGACGGUUGAAUGACACCCUUACCGUAACCCUUCUCUCCCAAGGAAAAGACUGGGGGUGUUUGAGACCCCCAGUCUUUUACGCGGUUACAACACCACGGCACUGGAGUGGAGACGUCACAUUUGUACUCUACGUCAAGCAAACCCACCCAGUCCCCUCCCCCUCCACCCAUACCUGA